AGAAGGCAAAUAUAAUUUGAUAACAACUAUUAGAGAAUCUCAUAAUCUUAUCUUCUUACUUAGUAACCAUUGGUCAUAAUGUUAUAUAUAUUGCGAGUCAAGUCUCUCGGUAAUAUCGAAGUAAGACUAAAGCUCAAGUUAAAACAGAAAAAAUGUCAACUUCAGAAAACACUCCGUUUAAUGGCGUUGCCUCAUCCACCAUUGUUCGAGCUACCAUUGUCCAAGCCUCCACCGUCUACAACGAUACUCCCGCCACUCUAGAAAAGGCGAACAAGUUUAUUGUGGAGGCUGCAAGCAAGGGAUCGGAGCUGGUUGUGUUCCCGGAGGCGUUUAUCGGUGGUUAUCCUCGAGGUUUUAGGUUUGGUUUAGGGGUGGGAGUUCAUAACGAAGAAGGGCGUGAUGAGUUCCGCAAGUACCAUGCUUCUGCUAUUAAAGUUCCUGGCCCUGAAGUAGAAAAGUUGGCGGAGUUGGCCGGGAAGAACAAUGUGUACUUGGUAAUGGGAGCGAUAGAGAAGGAUGGGUAUACACUCUAUUGCACAGCACUUUUCUUCAGUCCACAAGGUCAGUUCUUGGGUAAGCACCGUAAACUCAUGCCCACAAGUUUGGAACGUUGCAUUUGGGGUCAAGGAGACGGAUCAACCAUCCCCGUUUACGACACUCCGAUUGGAAAACUCGGUGCUGCUAUUUGCUGGGAGAAUAGGAUGCCCCUCUACAGAACUGCUUUGUACGCCAAAGGCAUUGAGCUUUAUUGUGCACCUACUGCUGAUGGUUCGAAAGAAUGGCAAUCGUCGAUGCUUCACAUUGCGAUCGAAGGUGGAUGUUUCGUAUUGUCGGCUUGCCAGUUCUGCCUUCGUAAAGAUUUCCCUGAUCAUCCUGACUACUUGUUUACCGAUUGGUACGACGACAAAGAGCCUGACUCUAUUGUUUCCCAAGGUGGAAGUGUUAUUAUUUCACCUUUGGGACAGGUUCUUGCGGGACCAAACUUUGAAUCAGAGGGUCUCAUCACAGCUGAUCUUGAUCUUGGUGAUGUAGCAAGAGCUAAGUUGUACUUCGAUUCGGUUGGACAUUACUCGAGACCAGAUGUUUUACACUUGACCGUAAAUGAGCACCCGAAGAAACCGGUCACAUUCAUUUCGAAGGUGGAGAAAGCGGAAGAUGACUCAAACAAGUAAUCGGUUGUGAUUCGUCAGUUCAUGUCACUCCUAUGAAGGAGUCAAGUUCAAAAUGUUAUGUUGAGUUUCAAACUUUUAUGCUAAACUUUUUUUCUUAAUUUUCGUUAAUAAUGGAAGAGAACCAAUUCUCUUGUAUCUAAAGAUUAUCCAUCUAUCAUCCAAUUUGAGUGUUCAAUUCUGGAUGUUGUGUUACCCUACAUUCUACAACCAUGUAGCCAAUUAUUAUGAAUCUGGCUUUGAUUUCAGUUGUGUUCUUUUCUUUUUUUUCUUUGCAUAUUUGCAUUUAGAAUGUUUAAUAAUUAAGUUACUGUAUUUCCACAUACAUUAGUUCCAAGAAUAUACAUAUAUUAAUUUAUUUUUCUU